GCAAACAGCUUGCUGGCACAUUGGCAUCUCUAGACCACUGGGAAAACCCAACAUGCUGUUGCUGCUCAGUGUCUUUCUCACCGUGUGGGCUCUCUGUGCUCAUGGACAAGGAAGUACUUGUGAUUUCCCACAAAUAAAGCAUGGAAACAUCUAUGAUGAGGACAGAUACAAACAAAGCUUCCCAGUUGUUCCAGGAAAAUAUUUCUACUACUUCUGCCAUCACAACUUUGUAUCUCCUUCACAAAAGCCCUGGACACAAAUAACCUGCACAGAGGAAGGCUGGUCGCCAACACCAACGUGUCUCAGACAGUGCUUUUUCCCCUGGGUGGAAAACGGCCACUCUGCAUCUUCAGGACAAGUACACCUGGAAGGAGCCACAGUACAGAUUACCUGUGAUACAGGCUACAGACUUCCAAACAGCCAGAGCAACAUCACGUGUAGUGAAACUGGCUGGUCUGCUAGCCCUAUAUGCAGUCAAACAUAUUCGAAAGGAAAAUGUGGGACUCCUCCACCUAUUGACAAUGGAGACAUUACCUCGUCUCCAGUACCAGUAUAUGCCCCAGGCUCCACAGUGGAGUACCAGUGCCAGAACUUAUAUAAACUUGAGGGCAGGCCAACUGUAAGAUGCUAUAAUGGAGAAUGGUCAAAGCCACCAAGAUGCUUAGAGCCAUGUGUGAUAUCAGAAGACAUCAUGAAUAAACAUAACAUACAACUUAGAUGGAUAGAUAGGAACAAAUUCUACACUCAAUCAGGGGAGCCUGUUGAGUUUUCAUGUAAAUACAGGUACAGAUGGAUAUCACCAGAACCUCUUCGAACCAAGUGUGUAGAAGGUAGAAUAGCAUAUCCCACUUGUGGAUAAAGCAGUGGUUAAAAUGAAGUCGUCAGUCUGAAGCAUGAACAUUUAUACAGGAUUUUCAAACUUAUCCAACAUUUCUCAGCCUAUGUGUCAAGUCUUAUGUAACACAAUUUAUUCACAAAUUGUAAUAUAGGUUAAAAGUUUUGAGGAUUAUGUAAUCACUACAUUUCCAAAUGUAAUUAAAAGCUGGCAAAUUUAAA